AUCUUCUCUGUCCCCUGACGCCCUCGUCACGCUGCUGAGUUGCAAGGCACAGAGCAACCCGACCACCAGCGCAGAGGCGUGGAAGCUUUUCUUCCAGAAAGUGGCCGGAGUUCUGGAGGAGGCUAUGUCAGCGUACUCCAACAAAAGCCUCAGUGACCCUCAGCCUGACUCCCGUGUUCUCGAUGCCAUUGGAGAGGUGAAAGUCAACAACUUCAGCCCCACACAACUGACAGAUGUCCGCUUCAUUGCCGACUGGUUCCAGGGACGGCUGAGGCCAUUCUUGCCAGCAGUCUCCAGGGACUUCCUGUCCUGCCUUAGCGGCAAGAACUUCAGUUGCGCAACCUACCAAGUUGUGGUGCAGGCUCUCAGUCAUCAAGCGUCCCUCAUGGACGUGAGGCAACAACGGCUCGUCUUCAGCGAUUUUGUCCAUCCCUUCCUCUCGAGAGAUGACCUAACAGAUCCUGCCUGUCUUACCAAAACUACGAGCAGCGCUGACUGGCUGGAGAAGAACUUUGGCAACUUCUCCGUCUACGCGAGCUUGGAGGAUUUGAAGACGCUGAAUGCAAAUUUCUCCAGCUUUGAUUCGUUGGGGCUGCUGAGCCCUAGCCAAGUAGCUGAACUGAUCCUGAGCUCCGGAGCACUGAACAACACCAAUCAGAUUAACGCUGUGUUCGACCACCUGGAGGAAGGCGAAGCUUUCAAGAACGUGGAGGAGUUUCUAACGGAGCUGAACGCAUCUCCUGAGAUUCCCGAUAUCACCCCCGCUGUGAGAGACGUGAUGAUGAACCGAACCUUUGUAAUCAUUGAACUGAAGCUCCAGGAAUUUGUGGCUCCUGACUGGAAAGUGUGGUUCACCGAGCUGCUCAUCCCUGUCCUGCCCAGUUUCACAGCAGAAAUGCUGCUUAAGGUCACGGCCAACAUUAACUGCACCAACUAUUAUGUGAUUGUUAAAGGGCUUAAUGUGGCUUAUGUACAAAUGCCUGUCAAAAUAAGAGAGGAGGUUGCUGUAAAUUUGGUAGUUUACCUCGAACAGUCUAAGCAGCAGAUCAGUCAGCCAGCCUGUAAACAGGGCAUCCAAAAUGAUACUGACUGGCUGGUGUUGAACCUCGGUCAGUUUUUCACCUAUGUGCCUUAUUCUGACUUGGCAGAAUUCAACAUUUCUAGGGACACCAUGUUAAGUUCUCUAACUGGUGAACAGAAGGUGGAGCGAAUAUUGACACCAAGUCUGGUGGAGGAUGAGUCUGCUGUUAGAGAAGUGUUUGGAUCAGUUGUAAAUUCUCCAAACCAGAACCAGUUGGAUGAAUUCUUUGAGAAAUUUAUCAAGAUGUCUGCAGAGAGAAACGUGUUGAGCAUCAGCACCGCUGUGAGCAGCAUCAUUCUGAACAUGACGUUGAUGGAUCUGGAGAAAAAGUUUGAAAGCUUCCAGCCGCAGACCUUUGCUUUAUGGUUCCAGACGUACCUACCCAUUUUCCUCCUUGGGAUUGGUCCGGAUAGCCUUUCUGUCAUCCCCAUGACCAUCAGCUGCGAUUCUUACAGAGAAAUCGUGAAAGGCUGUGAUGAUGUUUUCAGCGGUCUCACACAGAUUCAGACCAAAUAUGUCUACAGUUUCACACGAGAAUAUCUCUCCCAUCAACCCAGUCGAGGAAACUCCUGUGUGCAGAGUACUAACAGUGACUCUGACUGGCUGCUGAAAAACUUCGCAAAGUUCCGCAUCAUUGCCAACUUCAGCGACUUCAUCAACCUGAAGAGAGACUUUAAUGGGGUCAAGGCUGCAGAGUUUCUGACUCAGUCCCAGCUGGCCGAGCUUUGCUCUGACCCGUCUCGACUCAGCGGACCCCAAGACGUUCAGACUGUCAUGAGUGUGCUUCAAACACCGCAGCUUUCAGAGUUCUUUGAUGCUCUUUCUCCAAACAUCCAAGCGAAUGAAGCGGGCUACUCUGCCGGGGUGAAGCGGGUCUUCCUGCAGACGGUGCUGGAGCGAGGCGGUCUGGCGUCUGCUUCAGUCAGUGACUCAGACCUGUCGGUCUGGCUCACGGUUCGACUCAGACCACUGCUGUCUGUCCUGAGCUCAGCGGACGUCACAGUGUAUUUCAGCACGCUCAGGGCUCGAGGCUGCAGCGUCCAGCAGGAGGCUGUCAGUGUGCUGGACUCUCAAAGAACGGCUCUGGACAACAACACACAGCGUCAGAUCUAUAACAACAUCCAACAACUACUCACAGACGCUCCUCUUCGCUGUUAUGUGCGUGGCAGCUUCUACCUCUUCCUGAAGUCCUUCUUCCUCCAGUUUGGGUUUCCAGACCUCAGCACCUUCCAGUCUCUGAUGCCCGGGGACAGAAGGCCUGAGCUGCUGAGCUCCAUCUCUACUGCCGAACUGAGCGAGUUCCUAAACGCUCCUCAGAGUCUGGGGAACGGGUCGGGGCUCUGCGAUCUGCUCAGAGCAUACAACCAGACCGCCCAGUAUCUGGAGACGGAGCCGCUGGGGCCCGUGGGUUUGGCCCGGCAGGUGUUGGCCUGCGUCUGGCCCCAGGUUCUGAAGCUGGAGAUCCGGUCUGAAGUGGAUCAGUGGUUCAAGCUCCGGCUCGUCAGAUACCUGCCUCUUCUCAGCUCUGAGCUCCUCAGCCCCGCACAGCUCCACAGCGCCACCUGUCUGUCCUACAGCAAACUGCUUUCAGUUCUUGGAAACAACUACAACUUCUCUAGAACUGACUUCACCCCCGAGUAUGUUUAUGGCUCUGUGAAGGUGUACCUCACAAAUGGUGGCUCACCUCGCUGCUAUAAUGCCUCGGAUCCUCAGCUGAACUCCACUAACUGGCUUGUGAGCUACAUUGGUGUCUUCAUCAGAUACGUCAAUCUGUCUGACCUCAAUUCCUUUGUGUCGUCAGACCAGAUUGGUGUGUUCCUGGAAAACCCAGAGAACCUUCAGCUGCUCAACAGCACGGUGACCAGUGUCCAGUCCAGCGUAGCCAGUUACUACAUAACACAGCUGUACAUCUGGAACCCGUUCUUCAACCCCAUCAGUCUCCCAGGCCAGUUCUUGUGUGGAAUCCCUUCCCUUGCGUUCGAGUCUCUGGGAACAGAAGAAAGUUUGGUGCUCAUCCAGAGGAUCAAUGUGUUCUGUAAUGGAUCUGAGAGCUCUGAGAUCACAUCUGCUCUGGCAGCCAAUCUCCCGUCGCUCUCCUCCUCCACCAUCCAGCUGCUGGGCAGUCAGAGUGUGGGCCUGACGGAGGCUCAGAUAGGCUCUGCCUCCUCUGAUGUCAUUAAGGGCGCACUCUCCACCCUCAGCGCCGUGGACGGCUGGAAUCAGGGCCAAGCCAACGCAGUCAUACAGACCCUCAUUGAGUCCAACUUUCCAAUGAACACCGGCUCCUCGCUGCUGUCUCUGGGGACACUGGUCAAGGGCGUUCCGGCGGAGACCAUCUCCAACAUCGAACCCUCUGAGCUCCUGGCCAUAUCCCAAAAUCCAACAUUCAUCAGCAACAUCCUCUCAGCGCCAGAAAUCGUGCAGCUGGUUUAUGUCAUGAAGAUCGUGUCCAUAGAUGAGACUAAAGUCAUCGAGAAUGUUCCAGAUGCAUUGGCAGGGUCGAUCCCUCGCAUCUUGCUGAUCCCUCAGGAGUCUGUGAACGUCACCUUGAUCAACCAGAAGCAGUGGACACAGGAGCAGGCUGUGAUGCUGUUCGGCUCCGUGGCGAGUGUCAGCACAGACACAGAGGAGCUGUCUGAGGAGCUGCUGCAGGGCUUCACCUGUACGUCUGUCCGGACGCUGGCCGAGCCCAAGGUCAAGCAGCUGGUCAGAGCCUGCAGAUGGCGGCCGGGCCGGCAGAAGGUCCAGCUGAAGGAGAGCCAGCUGAUGUGUAUGUACAACUACAUGAAAGACGAGACUUCCACAAGCUUCACAGAUUUACCUUCGGACAUGCUGCUUUACUACAACUAUGAGAAGGUGGAGAAGGCGAGCUGCCGCUCGUAUUUCAGCGCGGUGGGAACAGCAGACUACUCCAUUCUUUCCGGCGUCCUCGACAAACAGAAGACUCUGUUCAACAACGCACAGAACUGUCUGGGUAUUUCGGGUCAGAGGUUAAGCAAAGAUCACGUGGAGGUUCUGGCUAACCUGACCUGCACCCUUGAUCCUGUCUACAUCCAAAACUCAGAUCCAACCAUCAUCGAUAAACUGAAGAACUGCCACGACCUCUCAGACGCUCAAAUCAGCGCUGUGCAAACCCUGCUACUCUCGGGAGAAACCAUCUAUGGGAACUCUUCUGGUUGGGGUCAACAGACGCUGGAGCAGCUCAAUACUCUCCCGCUGUACUUCACUGGGGACUUCUGGAACCUCUUCAGCCCGACUGUGAAGAAGAAGUACAUGAAGGUGUUCAUGCCGUUUCUGAGGACGAGGAACACAGAGAAGCCCAAACUAAAGAAACUCUUUAAAAACUGCAACACUGAGUUAAGCGCUCGAAGCAGAAUGAGCCGCUCUACAGACUGCACCGCAGGAAACAUCACAGAGGCCAUGAUCGCAGACGCCUCCUUCCCCUUCGGCUACACCGCGGCCCAGUUCGACGCCUGUCUGACCCCCAAGGUCCUCCGAGACAACCUGGCCGCCGUCUCAGAGAAAGUGGACGACAACGACUUCCAGAGAAUCAUUCUAAACAAGCUGGAGCAGGUGUACCCGGCCGGACUCCCAGACGGCCCUCUGCAGCUGCUGUCCUCUGUCUCACGGCAGGCCACGCUGGACGAGAUCAGGACCUGGAGCGUGACCAGCAUCGACACGCUGACCGCUCUCAUGAACAGAAAGAACGGAGAAUGGGACAAAGACAAGAGUAACGAGGUGAUCCUCAGGUAUCUGAGUGUGGCCGGUCAUACUUUAGGCACUAAUGAGCUGAACAUCAUCGGCUCCAACAUCUGCUCUCUGAACAUCUCUACACUUCAGAGCAUUAAAGCGGGAGACCUGAGUAAUGCAGAAGUUCUGGAUCUGUCCUCGUGCUCGCUCGAGCAGAAAUCAGUUCUGUACAGCACUGCUAACUCCUCUUUCAGAGCUCAACGCAGCAACGGCCCUAUUUACUUCCACCUCAUCAGCCCCUACCUCGGUGGUGCUCCGGUUGAGGACGUGAGGGCUUUGGCAUCUUCUAACAUCACUCUGGACAUCAGCACCUUCAGGAGUCUCAGCAUUCCUGUAGUGAAGGCUCUGAGCGUGUCGGACGUGCGCUCUCUCAUGGGCUCAGCCGUGGCCGAUCUGAAGGUGUUUGAGAACGACUCUGUGGUCCAGGCCUGGAUCUCCUCACAGCGGCAGUCUCAGUUAGACACGCUGAACAUCGGUCUGUCGGGAGGCCAAGCCGAUCCGAGCACGUCUUCACCUGUCAACGUCCUGAACAACAACAGCACCGUUUACAGCAGCGGCUCGCAGGCGACGGCUCCCGGCCAAUCAGCUGCAGCCACCGUCACCGUACAGGGAUCUGCACCAGCUCUUCGUCUCGGUCCAGGCCUGUGGCUCCUCGUGUCCUGUGUGUGGCUUUUGACCUUCACGUGACAUCAUACCACAUCCGUAAUCAAAAACUCAUUAAAUCAUCAUCAGAAAUCAGUUAGAAUAACAUAAGUGCUUCAUUAAAUCAAUAACGUCAGAAAUAAAUCAAUAUUAGAUGAAUAUCAGUACUUAAUAUUAGUUGAUUUUUGUGUCUCUCUGUGUCUUUAUAAUCAUGUUUGUUCUGAAGUUAUUUUUAAUUUAAUCUUUAAUGAUUUUAUAACAAAUCUGUGAACUUAUUUAAAACUUGUAUAGUGUAAUAAAAAAUAUUAUUAAAAUACAAUAUAACAAAAAUGAAGGAAAUCACAAUUGUGUUAAAUUAAUACGAUAGAAUAUCAAAUUAUUUUGUGCCUUAAUAGUAGAAUAUUAUUUUCACAUUCAUUGUUACUGUAAAGAAAAAAUUCUCAA